AUGGCCAGCGCCCAUCCCAAACCUAUAUCCAUCAUGUUCAACUCGUCCAACCCUACUGUAUUGCUGGUGGUCGAAUGCAUGGAUAAUCGAAGGACAAACAACGGCUACGCCGACGGUCAUUUUUCUAGGCUCGGAACGAGUCAGAUCUGUAAGCAGACGUUGUUUCCACUUGACUGCCAUUUGUUGAAGUCUAUAUCUGGAAAUGGAAACAACAAAGAGAUUCCACCAUAUUGUAAUCUAUCUAUCUAUCUAUCUAUCUAUCUAUCUAUCUAUCUAUCUAUCUAUCUAAUCUAUUCAAUAUUCUUUAUCUAUCUAUCUAUCUAUCUAUCUAUCUAUCUAUCUAUCUAUCUAUCUCUCUAUUCAAUCUUCUUUAUCUAUCUAUCUAUCUAUCUAUCUAUCUAUCUAUCUAUCUAUCUAUCUAUCUCUCUAUCUAUCUAUCUAAGCCUAUCUAUUCAAUCUUCUUUAUCUAUCUAUCUAUCUAUCUAUCUAUCUAUCUAUCUAUCUAUCUAUCUAAGCCUAGUCAAAUCUUAUAUAUAUAUAUCUUAUCUAUUCAAUAUUCUUUAUCUAUCUAUCUAUCUAUCUAUCUAUCUAUCUAUCUAUCUAAGUCUGUUCAAAUCUAUCUAUCUAUCUAUCUAUCUAUCUAUCUAUCUAUCUAAGCAAUAUAUCUUUAUCUAUUCAAUAUUCUUUAUCUAUCUAUCUAUCUAUCUAUCUAUCUAUCUAUCUAUCUAUCUAUCUCUCUAUUCAAUCUUCUUUAUCUAUCUAUCUAUCUAUCUAUCUAUCUAUCUAUCUAUCUAUCUAUCUAUCUAUCUAAGCCUAUCUUUUCAAUCUAUCUAUCUAUCUAUCUAUCUAUCUAUCUAUCUAUCGUGUCUAUUCAAAUCUAUCUAUCUAUCUAUCUAUCUAUCUAUCUAUCUAUCUAUCUGUCUUUUAUUCAAUCUUUAUCUAUCUAUCUAUCUAUCUAUCUAUCUAUCUCUAUCUAUCUAUAAGAUAAUCUAUUUUUUUUAUUUCUAUUUCUUCAUUUCUUUCUUUCUUUCUUUCUUUCUUUCUUCUUUAACAUUUUACCAUUUCCGAUUUCUUUCUUCGAAAUUGUAUCAUACUCUUCAUUCUUUCUUUCAUUCUUUCUUUCUUUUUCCUACGCAAUUUUCCCCUAUUCGCAUUCUUUCUUUCUUUCUUUCUUUCUUUCUUUCUUUCUUUCUUUCUUUCGUUCGUUCGUUCGUUCGUUCGUGCGUUCGUUCAUCCCUUUUUUUUUCGUCAGAUGUCCCUGUUCUCAACUCUUUCAUUUUUCUUUCUUUACAGUUUGAUCCUUUCCUUUCAUCUGUUUUUUUUUCUUUUCCUAAAUGUCUUCGUAAUUUAACACUACCCUUCUAUAUUUUCUUUCUUUCUUUCUUUCUUUCUUUCUUUCUUUCUUUCUUUCUUUCUUUCUUUCUUUCGUUCGUUCUUUCUUUCUUUCUUCGUCAGAUGACCCUGUUCUUGACUCUUUUUUUUCUUCAAAAUUUGACCCUAUCCUCUGUCCUUCUAUAUUCUUUCUUUCUUUCUUUCUUUCUUUCUUACUUUCUUUCCUUCUUUCUUUCAUUCAUUCAUUUAUUGUUUCUUUCUUUUUCUUUUUCAUAUCCCUCUCCUCUCGUUCGUUUUUUUCUUUGCAAUUUGACCCUAUCUUUUCAUCUCUCUUUUUUAUUUCCUUAUUUUCUUCUUCGUAAUUUAAAUCUAACCUUCCAUAUUCUUUUUUCUUUCUUUUUUUUAUUUCAUCCUUUCUUUCUUUUUUCCUCAAUUUGCUUCUUCUCUUCCUUUCUUCAUUUUAUUCAGUCUUCUCUUUCACUCCAAAUAACACGCCAUUUUUCUCUGUUAAUUUCUUCCCACUUUGCUUCUACUACUCAGUUCUUUUUCAUUUCUUUCUCUGGCUUUCAACUGCUUCCCAAUAUCUCAUCCAAUGAUGCAAAUGUCGAUAACAAUAUUAUCAUGUGUCACAUUAUAUUCACUCUCCAUUAUAUAACAGACGCCCGUGACGUCAUCGCUGCAGGUGUUGGGCUGAUGGCCACACAAACAAAAUGCCGCACGCAUACAAAUGAUUUCCUAACAGCACUUAUAUUAGAACGCGCUUUCGGCUUUUCUACGCACGUACACCACCACGCCAACAACACCAUGUCCGUCUUCCUCGGAGACUCGCUAUUUAUGCCUGCGUGGCGGGGAACUAAAAUUUGCAUACGAGUCUUACAUCUCGUUCGGCCUAGACUUCCGAUUUUUCCUUUGUACGUCUUCCCGCGAUCUAGGAAUUUCGGAAUAAUCCGUUUCUCUUUUAAUGUCAGUCGCGAUUUUUCAACAGGACCCGACACGCCAAACGAAUUCGCUUUGUGGGGGAAUCUACCCCUUCGCCGAUCUUUUCAUAAUGCAUCGCUCUCGCUUUCAUUCCUUUCCCCUCCCCCGCCAACUCCAUACGCUAAGUGCAUGCGCAUAUUCUUACGUCUUCUCAUUGGCUGUCAAAAGGAAUUAAUAUUUUACUUAAGCAUCUUUUUUUUUCUUCCUCUUUCUUUCUUUCUUUUCAGUUUUUCUUUUUUCUUUCAUUCUUUCCUUUUCUUUCAUUCUUCCUUCUUUUUUCUUUCUUUCUUUUCUGUUUUUCCUUUUUUUUCAUUCCUUUCCUUUUCGAUCAACUACAUCCGGCUUCAAGGCUUUUCCGGUUUUUCCUGA